AGCAAGUCUUGUACCAGUACACUACGUUAUGUUUAUGCACCUGUUUGGUAGAGCUCCCCGAUCCAAGUUUUUUGGGCAAAUUAUUCUCCGAAGAAGCAACCUGCUCAUCGGCGAAGGAUGGUCGCGUCGACCAAGGUGAUCAAGGUCGGGCCAUGGGGAGGCCGCGGCGGGAGCCCGUGGGACGGACGACGGCUCGCACCGCGGCGUCCGGAGCAUCACCGCCACGUACGCUCGGUUCCUGGAGUCCAUGCAGGUGGGGUACGUCGACAGGAACGGCCUCCCGGUCCUCGGCCAGAAGCACGGCGGCGGGACGGGGCGCAACCGCUCCGAGAAAGAUCGAGCUGGACUUCCCGUACGACUUCGUGACCGGCAUCAGCGGCUGCUACCGCGCAGCGCACGGUGGGUCGUCGCCGGUGAUCCGGUCUCUGACUUUAGCGACGAGACGGGGGACAGUGCAGGGGCCGUUCGGGGACGCGGACGCAGACGCGGAGGGCGUGCCGUUCUCGUACCCGACGGAGGGCGGCGUGGUCGUCGGGUUCACCGGGCGGAGCGGCUGGCACCUCGACGCCGUGGGCCUGCAUGUUGCGGCGCUGCGGCCAGAGACGCUCCGCGACGUGGUCCAGGAGCGCGGGAUCGCGGCGUACCGGUCCUUCGUCUACGGCAGCGGCGCGGCAGCCGCAGGGGACGACGUCGCAGCAAGCAUCAGAACAGGAAGCCGUUCGAGUGGUGCUACAAGUGGAAGCCCGAAGCAUUCACAAUUCACAAGACAAGAGCAGGUCACUUUACUUACAGUGUAAUUCCCAUAGCAGGAUAAGAGCAAAUCACUUUGCCGAGAGUGUAGUACGGGCUCCAUAGUGUUUACGAAGUAGACGAGGAUGUGUGAGCCUUUCCCAACCUCGCCGUUCUCAUAGCCUCCCCCAUCACCGCCGUCGGCCUCUCCGCCCAGGUCGUCCACCCUCAAUCCCCACGCCACUCCCUUCAGGUCCGGCACGGAGCUGCCAAGCUGGUUGCUUUUCAGCCCUUCCUCCACCUCCUCCUUGGCCUCCGAACCACCUCCACCUCCGCCAACC